GGAAGGAGGAGGAGGAAGGAGGGAAGAAGAGGAGGAGGAGGAGAGGGGGGGAGCAGGGAUGCGGCGCUCAUUCCCCCCCCCCCGGCUGCAGCGGGGCGGCGGUGAGGGAGCGCGGAGGAGAGGGAGACAAGAUGGCUUCCUCCUGAGGGCCGGCGCCGUGCGGGGCCGGCGGGGGCUGCGGGGGCAGCGCGGGGCAGCGGCGAGACAGGUUCGGCGGGCGACGCGGUUGAUGGACCCAGCAGAAGCCAAAUGGAAGAAGGGCCAAUUAAUUAUGUGGAAGAAAGGCGGCUGAACGAGGGCAGCGGGCUGAGCCUGGUGAAUGGGGGCCGGCCGGAGGCGGGGGGUCCCGUGCUGAUGGAGCCCAGCGGGUGGUCGCCGGGCCAGCCGCCCGCCGCUGGCAAAGCCCACUUGGAAGACGUCCGGAACCUCGUGGCCUUUUCAGCGGUGGCCGAAGCCGUUUCCUCCUACCGGCUCCCGCCGCCGGGGUCGCCGUCGCUGCUGUACGAGAAGUUCGACUCGGAGAUGAGCCGGGGCGGGCUGGGCACGGCGGACGGGGUGCCACGGGGAGAGGACCUGCACGCCCUCAAGGCCGCCCUGGCUUUGGCCAAGCACGGUGUGAAGCCCCCCAACUGCAACUGCGACGGCCCCGAGUGCCCCGACUACCUGGAAUGGCUGGAGCAGAAGAUCAAGACAGCUCUCGGAGAAGAGCUGGCGUCCCCUCGGUCCCGCGCCGCCGCCAUCCCCCCGCCUCCUCCCCCAGAAGGUGCUAUCGACCCCCAGCCGGUGCCUGAGGCUGCCGAGCCGUGCCCGCCCGACGGCCUCCCCUUUUCCCAGAGCGCACUGACCAUCGCCAAGGAGAAGAACAUCAGCCUGCAGACCGCCAUAGCCAUCGAAGCCCUCACGCAGCUCUCGGCCGCUCUGCCCCAGCCCGCGGGCGAUGGGCAGCCCCCGCCGCCGCCACCCCCCGCCAUCCCCUUCGGCCCCGGCCCCCUCGGCCCGCCGGGGGCCGCGUGGCAGCGAGGGGAUGAGCCCCGGUACCCUCCGGAGCCGGGAGCGGCACCUGAGCCAUUUUUCGGCGCGGCGCCUCCGCGGGGCAACUUCGCAAACACUUGGGGGCUGGAGGCCGAGGGGGCAGCGGGGGCUGGAGACCCCAUGGCAGAGCUGGAGCAGCUGCUGGGUAACGCUGACGACUACAUCAAGGCGGCUUUCAAGAGACCCGAAGCGACGAGCGGCAAAGUGGCAGCCCCCAAAACAGAACCCCCCGAGCGAGCACCCAGCAAAGAAGCACCGGGCGGCCCCCGCUUGCCGCCGGCAUCGCCGGAGCCCGACCUGCACAAGAAAACGCAGCUGGUCCUGCAGCAGCAUCUCCACCACAAGCGCAGCCUCUUCCUCGAGCAAAGCCUGGCGGCGGCGGCACCGCCCCCGGACCGGCCGAGCGGCUGGUGGGCUCCCAGCGCCCCGGCCGCGCCCCCCAAGCCCUUCGAAAAGCAGCCCAAAGAGAAGAAGAAGAAAACGCCGCCCGAAAAGCCCCCGCCGGCCAAACCUCUCCGCAAGCAAGUGCAGAUCAAGAAGGCGAAGCAGAAGGACUCGCAGCCGCUCUUCCCUCCCCUCUGGCAGAUCAGCCUGGAGGGGUUUCGGGCGCCCGCCGAACCCCCCGCCGAACCCCCCGCCGAAGAGAUGCAAACGGAACUGCCGCCGCCGGCCUUCCCGCACCAGCCUCUUGCACUACCCCUGCCCGCCGCAUGCCCCCCGCCACCAAACCCCCUGGACGGCGUCCCCCCGGCUUCCGACUCUCAGGAAAGGGGUGCCCCCGGCGGGGGCCCCCAAAUUCACUCGGCGCCGGCGGGCUCGGCUGGCUCGGAGGAAGCGCCGGCUGCCCCCCCGCCGGCCACCUCAGCUCCCAUCAUGGUGGAUGACAAGUUGGAAGAGCUCAUCCGACAAUUUGAAGCCGAGUUUGGGGAGAAUUUCAACUUGCCGCCUCCCGAGACGCCUGGGGCUGCCGAGCUGCCGGGGGGACCAGCACCAGCCCUGCAAGGGUCCCCCCCCGCCACUGCCACCGCCACCGCCGCCACCGCCGCCCCGGCUGCGAGCGGCGCUCCCCAGGCCGGACCCAAAAGCGUCUCUCCAGGGAAGGCGCUGCUGUCAGAGCAGCCCUUCACUGCCCGCUCCCCCAAACAGAUCAAAAUCGAGUCUUCUGGUGCUAUCACCGUGGUGUCCACCACGUGUUUUUACUCUGAGGAAAGCCAAAACCCGGACGCGGACAACGCCGACAGAACACCCACCAAGGACGAGGUGCCGCUGACACCCACCCUGAGCGGCUUUUUGGAAUCUCCGCUGAAAUACCUGGACACGCCGACCAAAAGCCUCCUGGACACCCCGGCCAAGAGGGCACAGGCAGAAUUCCCCACCUGUGACUGUGUUGAGCAAAUCGUGGAGAAGGAUGAGGGGCCGUACUACACCCACCUGGGCUCGGGGCCCACCGUGGCCUCCAUCCGGGAGCUCAUGGAGGAGCGGUACGGCGAGAAGGGCAAGGCCAUCCGCAUUGAGAAGGUCAUCUACACGGGCAAGGAGGGCAAGAGCUCCCGGGGCUGCCCCAUCGCCAAGUGGGUGAUCCGCAGACACAACCAGGAGGAGAAGCUGCUGUGCCUGGUGCGGCACCGGGCCGGCCACCACUGCCAGAACGCCGUCAUCAUCAUCCUCAUCCUGGCCUGGGAGGGCAUCCCCCGCACGCUGGGGGACACGCUGUACCAGGAGCUCACCGACACCCUCACCAAGUACGGCAACCCCACCAGCCGCCGCUGCGGCCUCAACGACGACCGGACCUGUGCGUGCCAGGGCAAGGACCCCAACACCUGCGGCGCUUCCUUCUCCUUCGGCUGCUCCUGGAGCAUGUACUUCAACGGCUGCAAAUACGCCCGCAGCAAAACUCCCCGCAAGUUCAGGCUGGUGGGAGACAAUCCCAAAGAGGAAGAGCUGCUCCGGAGAAGCUUUCAGGACUUGGCCACCGAGGUUGCUCCGCUUUACAAGAGGCUGGCGCCGCAAGCCUACCAAAACCAGGUCACCAAUGAGGAUGUAGCCAUCGACUGCCGGCUGGGCUUGAAGGAGGGGAGGCCGUUCUCGGGGGUGACAGCGUGCAUGGACUUCUGUGCUCACGCUCACAAGGACCAGCAUAACCUCUACAACGGCUGCACCGUGGUCUGCACGCUGACGAAGGAAGACAAUCGUGUGGUGGGGAAAAUUCCUGAAGAUGAGCAGCUGCACGUCCUCCCCCUCUACAAGAUGUCCAGCACGGAUGAGUUUGGCAGCGAGGAGAACCAGAACGCCAAGGUGGGCAGCGGGGCCAUCCAGGUGCUCACGUCCUUCCCCCGCGAGGUCCGCAAGCUGCCUGAGCCCGCCAAGUCCUGCCGGCAGCGGCAGCUGGAAGCCAGGAGAGCUGCUGCCGAGAGGAAGAAGCUGCAGAAAGAGAAGCUGAUGACCCCAGAGAAGAUCAAGCAGGAAGCGCUCGAGCUGCCCACGCUCCAGCCAAAUGCAGGUAUGGCGUUGAAAGGCGGGAUAUCCCCGCAGCCGCUGAAACCUUCCAUCAAGGUGGAACCCCAGAGCCAUUACAACGCCUUCAAGUACAACGGCAACGCGGUGGUGGAGAGCUACUCGGUGCUGGGCAGCUGCCGGCCCUCCGACCCGUACAGCAUGAACAGUGUUUACUCUUACCAUUCCUACUAUGCACAGCCCAAUCUGCCUUCCGUGAACGGGUUUCACUCCAAGUUCGCGCUUCCCUCCUUCGGGUAUUAUGGCUUUUCCAGCAACCACGUGUUCCCCUCGCAGUUUCUCAAUUACGGGGCGCCCGAGAGGAGCGGGAGCAGCUGGGUGAGCAACGGCUACGAGAAGAAACCCGAUGUCUCAGCGCUGCAGGAGAACCUCAACCACUCCUACGGGAACACCAAUUUCCCUGAGCCCAUCCCGCACAACGUGCGGAGCAAAAACCAUCACCAGCGCACCUACGAGCGAGCCAACCGCUACGCCAGCCAGCAGAAAGCAGCGGCGGCAACGGCCGGGGCGCACAGGACUAGCUCGGGCUCGGAGGAGGCACCGGCGUUUGCACAGAACUGUUUCAGCAACCGGCCCAUCAAGCAGGAGCCUCCGGACCCCCCGCCCGCCAUCGAGCCCCUCCCCAGCGCCGCGGCCAUGCCCGGCCCUGGCUUGACGCUGCCGGCCGUCCCUGCGCACGGCACGGCACCGGAGCAGCGGUGGAGCCCCUUGAAGGCACCACGGGGCACGGCUUCCCCCGAGAGGACUAGCACGGCCGAGGACUCGUGGAGCGCGCUGGCGCCGGGCUCAGGCGGGCGGGAGAAGCUGAGCGCCUUCGACGCCGCCGUGCGCUUGCCACCGCCGGAGAAGCAGUGGUCCAGCGUCCUGCCGGGAGAGCCGGCGGCGGCGGCGCACGGCUCGGGCUUGCUGCCCAAACCUUGGAGCCCCUGCAAGCUGGGGGAGCCGGCGCUGGCCGGCACGGGCACCCCGAGCCUGCUGGGGUCACUGGGGUUCAGCUCGGCCCUGCCAGGGCUCCCCAGCUUCCCCGAGGAGCCGUGGGGCUCCGUGAAGGCAGAGGAGCGGAGGACACCGGCUCCCAGCCCGGGGCUGCCGGAGAAGCCGUGGGAGGCAGCGGUGGGUGAGAAGGGGGCGGCAGGGCCCCGCCGGGAGAAGCCGUGGGACCCCUUUGGCCUGGAGGAGGAUCUGCCGGGGAAGGCGGUGAAGGAGGAAGAGGAAGAGGAGGAGGAAGAGGAGGAGGAAGAGGAAGAGGAGUGGUCGGACAGCGAGCACAACUUCCUGGACGAGAACAUCGGCGGCGUGGCCGUGGCGCCUGCCCACGGCUCCAUCCUCAUCGAGUGCGCCCGCCGCGAGCUCCACGCCACCACCCCGCUGAAGAAACCCAACCGCUGCCACCCCACCCGCAUCUCCCUCGUCUUCUACCAACACAAGAACUUGAACCAGCCCAACCACGGCCUGGCGCUGUGGGAGGCCAAGAUGAAGCAGCUGGCGGAGCGGGCUCGGGCCCGGCAGGAGGAGGCGGCGCGUCUGGGGCUGCCGCCGGACGCCAAAGCCUUUGCCAAGAAGCGCAAGUGGGGCGGCGCGUUGGCGACCGAGGCGCCCAGCAAGGAGAGGAGGGACUCGGUCCCCACGCGGCAGGCGGUGGCCAUCCCCACCAACUCCGCCAUCACUGUGUCCUCCUACGCCUACACCAAGGUGACGGGCCCCUACAGCCGCUGGAUCUGAGACGGAGGCGACCGCCAUGGCCCCAUCUUACCUCAACCCUCGGCAGCGCCGCAGCCCGGCGUUGCUUCGUGGUGCUUUCUCCUCAGGCGUGGGGGAGAAGAAAACAAAAGUAAAUAGACAAAACCGAAAUGAAACACAACAACCACAAAAAAAAAAUAAAAAAAAAAAUAAACCCAACCCAUAGGAAACGAACCCAAGGCGUGCGCUCGGGAGCAGCGCAGCCGGCGCGGGCUCACACCGUCGGAGAGCUGCGCCCGGCGAGGAGUUGGCAAACCAAGCAAAACUUGGUUAAAAAACCCGAGAGGAACGAUGCUGUUUGAUGAUUUUAGGUAAUCUCUUAUUUAUAUCUCCAUGUUUUUUAAUCUAGCCUCGGAUGAAUUUCCUAGCGUCCUUUCGCAAGGAGAGGUUUUUAAUUCCACUUAAAAUGGCCUAUUUGUUGGAUUUGAUUUUAUUUUAUUUUUUACUCCGAUGACAACGACGAAGCUGAUCUUUGAAAGAGAAGCCAACAUUGAAAAACCACCUUAAUCAUGAAUCCAAACCAACCUGAACACCAAACCAGCUUAAAGGCAAGAGGUGACUCCCUCCAGCUCCGCCACGUGGGGGCUGGUGGGACUUUGUGCUUUACCGUCAGCAGGACACGCUGAACAUCCGAUUAUUUUUAUUCCAAGGACCUAAAAACACCAAUUUUGCAGCUCGAGGAGUCCUGUCUCACAGCAAGGGGAGCCAGCGUUGUCCCGGGACGGCGCAGCUCCGCUCGGCUCCUUGCCUCCGGCGGGAUCGGUUCUGCUGCCACAGCGCAAGCCGGCGUCUCUCCUGGCGCCGAGACCUCAGGACACGUCCGGGCUGGGGAAUGCUGCUGCCGGGGGGCUGCACUCGGGCUUGGACUUGGGGCUCCUUUGCCCACGGCCCCAGGGCAAACGGCAGCAGCAGCGUCUCCAUAGGAGCCGACGGGACAAAAACAGAAGAAGAAAAAGAAUAAAAAAUAGAAAAAAACAGGAAAAAAACACAAACCAACCCCAAACUGUGAAUAGCGAGUGUUGCUCUCUGUACAUCACUGUUGCUAAAGUCUGGUGCUUUCCGUCUCCGGGGGACUUUCUCCGUGCAAUCGGUUCUGGGAAGAGCGAAUCCCAAGACUUGGCUGGCCAAACCCCCGCCGGGUCCGCCUUCCCGCCGGUGCCGGCGAGCCGCGGCCAGCGCCGCCGGGCUCGGUGCUCUUUCUCUCCCCGGGUGCCAUCCCUCCUUCCUACGGAUCACCGUUCUUCCCGCAAAAAAAAAAAAAAAACAAAAACAAAAACGAAGCGAAACCCCAACCCAACCAGUAACCCAGCAACGACGACAACCGCGUGGUGCUUUUCGAACACUCUCAGCCGAGACUUCCCGGCCCGGCACCGGGACGGACGGAGCGCGGCCGAGCUGCCCCGCGGCUCGCCCGGGGCGCGGCGUGGCCGGAGCCGGGGCCCGGCAUCCCCGUGCUGGGGAGGGGUCGUUGCUUUUGCACUUUGAGGUGCCUUUUGGAGAGCCAGCGAGGCAGCGCCGACGCCGUCACCGUGCGGGAUCACCUCGUGUCUGCUGUCACCCUCCUUCCCUCGCGCACGGGCACGGAUCAGCAGGAUCUCGGUAAAACAGCCUGAACAUUUAUGUGGUCUGAUUUUAAACCUGUAAAUAGGGAAAGAAAUUUUUUUAAAAGCACUUUCACCUAGAUUUAAAAAAAAAAAAAAAAAAAUGAAAGCGAAACUUAAAAAGCAAACAACUCCCCUCUUUCCUCUCCCCCCCACUCCCCCCAACUUGAAGCAGUAUGUUUUAAACAAGAUUAUUGUGGGAGAACUGUAAAUACUGGCAGAAUAUUUAACAUGCUUUGUCCGUCCUUCAUCAUUAAUGAAUUUUUUUUUUUUUUUUUGGUUCGUUUUUUUAACCGUAAUCUGUAAAGUCGCGUAUAUUUGACAAGGAAACUCAACGAGCUAUUCCCGCUUUUCUUACAAAUACUCAAUAGCAUAUCAGGAUUGUAAGAGUCGACGGCAAGUCAGAUUUUAGGGACGCCCGCGGGCGAUGCCGGGUCCCGCCGCGUCGCUGUGGUUCGGGACGCGGAGCGGGGACCCGGCUGGUCCGGGGCCGGAUUCGGGUGCCGGCCCCGCUGGCGUCGCCCGGGGUCUCUGGCUGGCGUGACGGGGGUGCCUUGGAGGAGGAGAAGGAGCGCUCAGAGAAGGCGAUGGUCCGUGUAACCUGUCUAAGUCCUGCUUGCUCAGAGGUUUUUCGGUGCAGGGAGGGGUCGGUCCGGCGCGGCGUUGGCUCCGGCGGGUUCAGAGCGGGGAGCUGCCGGCGCCGCGGGUCGGGGAGCGAGAACUGCUGCAGUCUCACGUUUUUACACUACAUAAACGUCUAACCUACCUCAACUCUCAGUCAUUACAAAUUCGCACGCUUCAGACUUCUACACAAACUCGAAAUCUAUGCACAGCUCUUUACCCCUUGCUGCUGAGAGGCUGUUUCCAAGCAAAAUCUUUUCCCUUUACCCGUCCCGGCGGCCGCGCUCGUCCCGCCCCGUGCCGAAGCCGCGGGGGUCACGGAGCUCGCGGGGAGGGAUGUUUUUAAUGAGUGCGAUGUGGGGGACCUGAUUUUGCAGCGGGUCGUGGCCACAAUGGUGCUAGAACAACACCCGCGGUAGAAACCCCAGGGAGGGCUCGGCACGGGGAGCCCCGACCGGCUCCUUCGUCCCGCUUUGGUUUUUCUGGCCGCGAUGCUCCGCCUCGGGCAGGAAACGGGGGAUGCCAUUUGGAUCCCCCCCUUAUCUCGAUGCUCUCGGGAUGAGGCAUGGGAAGGAGAAGGAAACCAGAAUCCCUGAGGUGCCUCAAUUGCUGAUUUUUCCUUUUAAUACUGGAGUACGCUUUGUGGGCUCUAUAAGGCAUAUUUUUAUUAAAUGAAAUCUUGUAAUACAAACGGUGCUAUGGUGUUUUAACAAACUGUAUCACGCUUCUGCCUGAUUCCAUCUCGCUGAGGUGCUACUAAUGUAUAUAUCAAAUUAAGGAACCAAGAUUUAAGACAAGAAAAAAAAAAAAAAAUUUAAGCAAUGUCGUUGAGAGGGAAGUUUGCUAUUCCGGAGCGACAGCUCGAGGCGUGCCGGGAGCCGGUUGGGUUUAUGCAAACGGAAGGAGGUGCCGCGUCCGAGGGCGUGGUGGAGCCGUUCCCUGCGGGUUCCUGUGUGGUCCCGGGGUGAGGCAUCAGAGGUGGCGUCCGGGGGGCUCGGCCAGGUGUGGUCGUGGUGCUCAGCAAGGUGUGGUCGUGGUGCUUGGCCAGGAGUGGGGUCAUGGUGCUCAGCCAGGUGUGGUCGUGGUGCUUGGCCAGGAGUGGUCAUGGUGCUCGGCCAGCUGUGGUCAUGGUGCUUGGCCAGGAGUGGUCAUGGUGCUCAGCCAGGUGUGGUCAUGGUGCUCAGCCAGGUGUGGUCGUGGUGCUUGGCCAGGAGUGGUCAUGGUGCUCAGCCAGGUGUGGUCGUGGUGCUCAGCCAGGUGUGGUCAUGGUGCUUGGCCAAGAGUGAGGUCAUGGUGCUCGGCCACAGCACUCGGACAAGUAUGUGGUCAUAGUGCUUGGAUAGGGUGCUCGGCCAGGUGUAUGGUCAUGGUGCUUGGCCAGGUGUGUGGUCAUGGUGCUUGGACAGAGUGCUCAACCAGGUGUGUGGUGGUCAUAGUGCUCAGCCAGGUAUGUGGUCAUGAGGCUCAGCCACAGUGCUCGGCCAGGGUGCUCGGACACAGCCGGGUGUGUGGACAUAAGUGCUCGGACACGGUGCUCGGCCACACGUGGUUGGUGUGGUGCUUGGAGGUGGUGCUCGGACACGGUGCUUGGUCACACAUCAUAGACACGGUGCUCAGACUCGGUGCUCAGGCUCAGUGCUCAGCCACACGUCAUGGACGUGGUGCUCAGUUGUGGUGCUCGGCCACAGCUCAUGGACGUGGUGCUUGGCCACAGCUCAUGGACGUGGUGCUUGGACUUGGUGCUCAGGAACAGUUCUUGGCCACACCUUGUGGACAUGGUGCUCAGUGCGGUGCUCAGUGCGGUGCUCGGACAUGACGCGUGGACGUGGUGCUCGUCCCAGUGCUUGGCCACAUGUGAUGGACAUGGUGCUUGACCACGGUGCUCAGACGUGGUGCUCGGACAUUGGUGCAUGGACACGGUCCUCAGACGUGGUGCUUGGACAUGGGUGCAUGGUCAUUGGUGCAUGGAUGUGGUGCUCGGACAUUGGUGCUCAGACAUUGGUGCAUGGAUGUGGUGCUCGGACAUUGGUGCUCGGACAUUGGUGCUCAGACAUUGGUGCAUGGAUGUGGUGCUCGGACAUUGGUGCUCGGACAUGGGUGCAUGGUCAUUGGUGCUCGGACGUGGUGCCUGGACACGCAUCGUGGACGUGGUGCUCGGGCAUGGUGCUCAGACGUGGUGCGUGGACAGGGUGCUGCUGUGUUUGGUGCUUGGACACAGUGCAUGGACAUGGUGCUUGAGCACAGUGCUCAGACAGGGUGCUCGGACAUGGUGAGUGGACAUGGUGCUUGACCACAGCGUGUGGACACGGUGCAUGGACAUGGUGCUCGGGCGUGGUGCUCAGCCAUGCACCGUGGACGUGGUGCUCAGCUCAGCCGUGGUGCUUGAACAUGAUGUGUGGGUGGUGCUUGGCCAGGGCGUGGGGACAGUGCUUGACCACAGUGUGUGGACACGGUGCAUGGACAUGGUGCUCGGGCAUGGUGCUCAGCCAUGCACCGUGGACACGGUGCUCGGACGUGAUGUGUGGAUGUGGUGAGUGGACAUGCUGAGUGGACAUGGUGACUGGACAUGGUGAAUGGACAUGGUGAGUGGACAUGGUGAGUGGACAUGCUGAGUGGACGUGGUGCAUGGACGUGGUGAGUGGACAUGGUGCUCGGACAUGGUACAUGGACAUGGUGAGUGGACAUGGUGAGUGGACAUGGUGCUUGGACGUGUUGCAUGGGCAUGGUGAGUGGACAUGGUGAGUGGAUGUGAUGAGUGGACAUGGUGAGUGGACGUGGUGAGUGGACAUGGUGCAUGGAUGUGGUGAGUGG